GUGAGUGAGUCCAAGCAUUUGGAAACGAGGGAGAGGAGGUAAAAGAGGUUGACUACAAAGGCAGCCAAGGUUGAUAAUGAAGCCGCACUUGAUAGCCGACUGCCUUCGGAUGCAACCAAGCGGAAUGAAAAUCCCGCCCGGCGGCUCCAAGCCAGCUGACAGAUCUGGCUCAACGGGCUCGAUUCGGCGGGGUGCUCUCCUGCGCAAGCGUUGCAACCGUGAAUGGGGGAUGUGCCAGAGUGCUUCCCAGAGCAGGGCUGGGGAACCUCGGGGCCGGAGGACUGAAUGCAGCCCUCCAGUCUCUCUGCCUGGCCCUUGGGACUCUCUCGAGGCAAGGCCCUCUUCCCCUGCCCCCAGGCCACCCCCUCCUUGAGUGUUGACGCAUCCCUGAACUCCCAUCAUGCCCCUUGCCUGCCUGGCUGGAGAAUGGAGAGGGAGGGGUGUGGGAACCUCCAAUUUUCACACGGCUGGAAUGUAGCUUCCUCUCAAAGAAAGUACAAAUUUGAUAGAUUUGGCUUCAAUAGGGAACUGAAUCGAAUUCGUCCCUCAACCCUACUUGAGAUCCCUUCGACUGGAGGUCCUAUGGAUUGAACCUCAGGUCUUCUGUGGAAAAACAUCACAAUCACGUAUACGAAAAAUGGACUCAAUUCUCACUUCUGAUGUACACAGAACUGGGACCAGCUUACUUGCAGGAUCGCCUUACCCCAUGUGUGCCUGACACAGGGAGAUCGUUCCAUCGAGGUCGUCGAUCUGCAGAACUGGCAUGGUUACAGGGUCCACAUAAUACCCAUUCUGCAAAAAAAACCAAAAAAACCCAUUAUUUUUGGUGUGGCAGUGCUAUCUAAUAAAUCGCAGAUUCCUGCAGAAAUGUGAACUGAAUUUCAGACUGGAAAAAAUAAGGAACUGAGAGAACCAAAAUUGACAGAUCUUUUCAUCCAUAAUCUCAAGGAAGUCAGCUGGGAAAGAUCAAAGACCCCUGGGAUAUGCCUGCCACUCACAGUGGACUACGGAGAGCCAAUUGGUGCCCUUCAGAUAUUGUUGGACGACAACAGCCCUAGGAGCUGUGCGUAAACUUCAGUUUUUAGCUGUGAUGAACAAAAAAUCUUUCACCCAUUAUUUGCUAGUUGGCUGCAGGUUUUAUGAUUAAUGUGUAUGAUGGUACUGGAAAUGCUUGUUAUUUUUGGCAUGAAUUGAUACGUUUUAAUGACUUGUAGUGUAUUUUAUAAUAAUUUAAAAUGUUAUCAUGUUUAGAUUAUCAUACAAAAUUGUCAUGAAAUGAUCGGUAGCAUUGGAGUGUCAUUGUAACAACGCAUUCAUUCAAGUUCGUGUUGUAUGGAGAGCUGUUUUGAACAUAUUUAUAUGACAAGUUCACGAUAAUAAUAAACAACAUCAGAAGAGGCUGCAACAAUGAGAAACUGAGAGGACCAAAGCUGACACAUCUUUCCAUCUCUAGUCUGUUCUGAUCGGCAAAGGCUCUCUUAGAUCUCUCUUAGAUCUCUGAAAACCAUGAUCCUUUGAACAGGAGAUGCCAGGAAUUGAACAUGGGAGACCAUCUGAGUGGAGGGCAUGCUCUCUACCAUGCGUGACAGCACCUUAUGGGACCAGAUAGAUGUGCCUGGGCUUAUGCAAGACAAGUACCCUCGGCCUCCUACUAGAUCCACAUCUCAGAAAGGAUUUACGACUUUCAUCAAGAGUUAAUUAAGCCCAUGAUCCAACACCAAGGAUAGCCAAUGUGGUGCCCUCCAGAUAUUGUGGGACUAAAAGUCAGUGGUAGAACACCCUCUUUGCAUGCAAAAGAUCCCAGCUCCAGGCACUCUUGGAUGAGACCGAUUAUCUGGAUCCAUUUCAAUCGGGUUUCAGGCCCGGUUUUGGUACGGAGACAGCCUUGGUCGCCCUGUAUGAUGACCUUUGUCGGGAGAAAGACAGAGGGAGUGUAACUCUGUUGAUUCUCCUUGAUCUCUCAGCGGCUUUUGAUACCAUCGACCAUGGUAUCCUUCUGGGGAGGCUUGCGGAUUUGGGAGUUGGAGGUACUGCCUGGCAGUGGUUCCGCCCCUAUCUGGCAGGUCGUCUCCAGAAGUAGUGCUUGGGGAUCACUACUCGACACCCUGGGCACUCCAAUGUGGAGUCCCGCAGGGGUCAGUUCUGUCUCCCAUGCUCUUUAACAUCUAUAUGAAGCCGCUGGGUGCUGUCAUCAGGAGUUUUGGAGUGCGUUCUCAUCAGUACGCUGAUGAUACACAGCUCUACUUCUCCUUUUCAUCUUCUUCAGGUGAGGCCGUCAAGGUGUUAAACCGAUGCUUGGCCGCGAUAAUGGACUGGAUGAGAGCAAACAAAUUGAAGCUCAAUCCAGACAAGACUGAGAUGCUGUUAGUAAAUGGAUCCCCUGACCAGUUGGAUGUUCGACCUGUUCUGGAUGAGGUUACACUCCCCCUGAAGGAGCAGGUGCGCAGCUUGGGAGUCCUUCUGGACCCAUCCUUGUCACUUGAGGCGCAGGUGGCCUCGGUGGCACGGAGUGCUUUUUACCAAUUUAGGCUGGUAGCCCAGCUACGCCCGUAUCUGGACAGGGAACAUCUUGUAACCUCAAGAUUGGACUACUGCAGUGCACUAUACGUGGGGCUGCCCUUGAAGACGGUUCGGAAACUGCAGCUUGUGCAGAAUGCAGCGGCCAGAUUAAUAACCGGGACCAAGCGGUCGGAACAUGUGACACCGAUUCUGGCCCGCUUGCACUGGCUGCCUAUAUGUUUCUGGGCCCGAUUCAAGGUGCUGGUUUUAACCUAUAAAGCCUUACACGGCACGGGCCCGCAAUACCUGAUGGAAUGUCUCUCCCGAUAUGAACCUACCCGUACACUGUGCUCAACAUUGAAGGCCCUCCUCCAGAUGCCUACUCAGAAAGACGCCCGGAAGGCGACUACAAGAAAGAGGGCCUUCUCGGUAGCGGCCCCCGAACUAUGGAACACCCUUCCUGACGAGGUACGCCUGGCGCCUACUUUACUAUCUUUUCAGCGCCAGUUGAAAACCUUCCUCUUUGCCCAGGCAUUUUAAUAUUUUUAGUAUUUUAGUAUUUGUAUUUAAUGUUUGUAAAGAUAGUUAUAUGUUUCAUCUUUUUUUUCUAAUUACUUUUGAUUUGUAUUUAAUAUGGGUUUAUUAUGUUAAUCUCACUUUUGUUGUAUGUUUAAAUUGUUGAUUUGAUGAUCAGGUGGUUUUUUAAAUUGAAUGCAAAUAUAUAUUUUUUACCCAAUGUACACCG